GGCGGCUGCCCGCGCCCCUCCCCCGCGCAGCCCUCAGUGCCAGGCGGGAGGCGACAGCGGUUGGAGGCUUCGCCGGGCUUUGCAGCGGGGACUUCGGCGGCGGCGGCGCCUCAGGCACCUCGGCCCUGACACGAUGAGGCGAGUGGUACGGCAGAGCAAGUUUCGGCACGUAUUUGGACAAGCGGUGAAAAAUGACCAGUGUUAUGAUGACAUCCGGGUUUCUCGAGUGACCUGGGAUAGUUCCUUUUGCGCUGUCAAUCCCAGAUUUGUUGCCAUAAUCAUAGAAGCGAGUGGGGGAGGAGCGUUUCUUGUGCUCCCUUUGCACAAGACUGGUCGAAUUGACAAAUCCUACCCUACAGUAUGUGGCCACACAGGACCGGUGCUCGACAUAGACUGGUGUCCACAUAACGAUCAGGUCAUUGCCAGCGGUUCAGAGGACUGCACGGUUAUGGUAUGGCAGAUCCCAGAAAAUGGACUCACCCUUUCCCUGACCGAACCUGUGGUGAUUUUAGAAGGUCACUCAAAGAGAGUUGGCAUCGUGGCCUGGCACCCAACAGCCCGCAACGUGCUUCUUAGCGCAGGCUGUGAUAACGCCAUCAUCAUCUGGAACGUGGGGACCGGGGAAGCCCUGAUAAACUUGGACGACAUGCAUUCCGACAUGAUUUACAAUGUCAGCUGGAACCGGAAUGGCAGUCUGAUCUGCACGGCUUCCAAAGACAAGAAAGUGAGAGUAAUUGAUCCUAGGAAACAAGAGAUUGUUGCUGAGAAGGAGAAAGCACACGAAGGCGCACGACCCAUGAGAGCCAUCUUUCUGGCUGAUGGCAAUGUCUUCACCACUGGUUUCAGCCGCAUGAGCGAGCGGCAGCUGGCUCUCUGGAAUCCGAAAAAUAUGCAGGAACCAAUUGCUCUUCAUGAAAUGGACACCAGCAAUGGGGUGUUACUGCCUUUCUAUGAUCCCGACACCAGUAUCAUUUACUUAUGUGGAAAGGGUGACAGCAGCAUCCGCUAUUUUGAGAUCACAGAUGAAUCCCCGUAUGUCCACUACCUCAACACAUUCAGCAGCAAGGAGCCUCAGAGAGGGAUGGGUUACAUGCCCAAAAGGGGACUUGAUGUUAACAAAUGUGAGAUUGCCAGAUUCUUCAAACUUCAUGAGAGAAAGUGUGAGCCUAUUAUCAUGACUGUUCCCAGGAAGUCGGACCUUUUCCAAGAUGACCUGUAUCCUGACACAGCGGGGCCCGAAGCAGCACUGGAGGCAGAAGAGUGGUUUGAGGGGAAAAAUGCAGAUCCAAUUCUCAUCUCUUUGAAGCACGGCUACAUUCCAGGCAAAAACAGGGAUCUCAAGGUAGUCAAGAAGAACAUUCUGGAUAGCAAGCCCACUGCAAACAAGAAGUGCGACCUGAUCAACAUCCCCAAGAAAACCUCAGACACGACCAGCGUGCAAAAUGAAGCCAAGUUGGAUGAGAUUUUAAAAGAGAUCAAAUCUAUAAAAGACACAAUCUGCAAUCAAGAUGAGCGUAUUUCCAAGUUAGAACAGCAGAUGGCGAAGAUCGCCGCCUGAAGGCCCACCCCCACCCCCAAAAUGGGAGCAAGGACUCGGUCGGUAGCUGGUUGUUGGUGUGGUCCCAGGGAGGGCAAGAGGGAGGCACUGCCAUUUGGAGACAUUUCAUUUCAGAUUUGUCAACCAGCGAUAGGCCACAUUCCAGUAAGAACUCAAUUCGUCUCCCAAAUUUGCAGAAACAAAAUGUGAUUCAAAAGCUGAGCUUUUUAUCAGAAAGCUUUUUUGAUGUUUUAAGUGUUAUACGUGACUUGUUGAACUUUUAAAAGACGAAAGUGCUACUUUUAAAAUCCCAGAUAUUCUGAAUUUUAGAAAACCAACCAAUUCUGAUUCAGUGUCGUGCCCAAGUACUUUUUUUUAAACAAAUAGGGACCAAUGCCACAUUGCUUUUUAUAUUUCUUUUUUUUUAAUGUUGCCAAAACCAAAAGUAGCUUUUUUUUCCUUUGUAUUUUGCUACUUUGCAGUAUUCGUGUGUGGUUUUUUUUUUUCCUUAAUUUGAAAGGGACAGCACUGUGUAUGUUUAUAAACUAAAUGAAGAUAAGAUAUUAUUUUGUAUAAACAUUCAUCUGAGAACAGUCAGAGCAGUAGCCACAUUGUGCUGGCUCAUUUGCAGCACAAACCUGGUCAUCGUCAUGUCCGUCUGCAAGAAAGACUUGAAAAAUCACGUGGAUUUGUAUCACCACCCCUCUCAUUUCAUUGAGUCUUCUGAUCAGAAAAGCUCAUAUCGUAUCAUUUCCUUUAUUUUUUCUAGAGAUUGGGUGGUUGUACCAGAAUGGAGUUUUGCUUCUUGGUUAUCCUGUGCUUCAGAUGAUUAUAAUGUACCCUAACC